AAAAAAAAAGGAAAUUACAUUUUGAACUUUUAGGAAUGGAAAACAGCAAGCAAUUUGAAAAGACAUCCAAUAAUUGAUUUAUUAUGCCGAAGACGAAGACUCCAGAGUCAAAAGAGCGAGUCUUCGUCAAGCUGCAGCAGCAGAGGAGGAUAGCGGGAGGAAGCGAGACCAUCAUCGGAGGCAGAGGAAAAUGGUUCACGCCAGGCUUGAAGACGCCACCGGUUUUAAGGCGGAGCUGAUCGGAAGUGCCUGGACGGCCGCCGUUAAAGCUCACAAGUAUGCAGAGAAGCCAUUUCUCCUUGAAACUAGCAGCAGAGACUUUUCCAUCAUCAGUUUCCCCGGAUCUUGGUCGGCGGAAGGCUGGUUCUCCGGUUCCGAUUCCGAUUCCGAUUCAUGUUUUGGAGAAACGAAGAUCAACACCCAACUGUUUCCGUCCAUCAGGAGCAUCGGCGUUAACGAUUAUGCGCUCGUCAACUCUGCGUUUCUCCACAGAUUUGAAGCCAUUUUAGGGAAGCUGAUCAAGGAGGUCAUGCGAGUGAGUAAGGCAGUGGUGUUUACUGGCCACUCUGCAGGCGGUCCGAUAGCCAUUCUUGCAACCAUUUGGCUAUUGGAAGAGCAAAGGAAGAACUCGAACUCAAACUCGAACACAGACACCAACUCCUCCACUCCUCCAAAAUGUAUCACAUUUGGAUCUCCCCUUGUUGGUAAUUUCAUUCUCUCCCAUGCUCUCAAGAGGGAGAAAUGGUCUAUCCAUUUCAUACACUUCAUCAUGAGAUACGACAUUGUCCCACGAAUCCAUCUCGCUCCCCUACCUUCCUUGCAACCAGUACAACUGCAAACCAUCCUCAACUCCUUGAACUCGAGAUCUCUCGAAUCGUCGUCAAAUGGGGAUGUAACUACUGCAUUCUUCAUGACAGUGAUGAGCAAUGCAUCGAGUGUGGCAAACAAUGCAGCCUGCCAUCUUAUGGAAAGCACUAGUCUUUUGCUAGACAACUUGAAAAGCUUUAUCAAAUUGAGUCCUUAUAGCCCUUUUGGGACUUACAUUUUCUGUACCGAGAGUGAUGAGGUGGUGGUGCUCACCAACCCGCAUGCUGUUUUACAAAUAUUAUUUUACUCCUGUCAGUUGAACUCUGAGAGCGAAUGGGGUCAGGUAGCUCAUCAGAGUUUAAAGGAUCAUUGGGAGUACGAAUCUAAAAUGCACCAAAACUUGGAGCUCCUGCAUGCUAUUCGUCUGGAUGAGUUGCACAAGCUUCCUCUGUCUUUGACUGGAAGGAGCACGCCAAUCACUCAAGCCUUGAAUCGACUCGGCCUAAGUACGAGGGCUUUAUUGAAUCUUCGUGCAGCUGGCACAUACGAAGAGAAAAAGAUGAAAAACCAAGUAAGGAUGGAAGCAAAAAUGCAAUAUAUCGAGCAAGGAUUGAAUUGGCUAGAAGAAAACUACAGAGCUGUAUGUAGGGUUGAUGGUAUGGGAUAUUAUGAUGCAUUCAAACGCCAAAAGAACGACACAGACUUCAAAGCCAAUAUCAAAAGGCUUGAGCAAACAGGUCUAUGGGAUGAGAUCCUAGGAAUGCUCAAAAUGUAUGAUCUCCCUGAUGAAUUUGAAGGCAAUGACGAAUGGAUACAACUUGGAACCAAGUAUCGCCGUCUCGUUGAGCCUUUAGAUAUUGCUAAUUACUACAGACACUCUAAGAAUGAUGACACUGGUCCUUAUCUGAAAAUGGGAAGGCCGAACCGUUACAGAUUUACACAAAGAUGGCUCGAACAUAAUCAAAAGAUGACAGAAUACAGUGAAGAAUCAAUUCUUUGGGCAAUGGUGGAGGAGCUUCAAAUCCAAACCAGAACCAGAAUGUAUGUAGAGCAUUCAAGAGAAAUCAUUGAGCUGGAGAAGAAGAUGAAGAGAUGGGUCAACGAGAUUGGAGAGGAUAUGUUGUUAAAGAAAUCUACGUUCAUGGAGUGGUGGAAGACACUUCCUGAACAACACAGAUCACAGUCUUGUCUUAAGGAUGAUAUUCAAAGGAUGGAGAAAAGGGACGAUGCUAUGAUCUGGGAGUAGUCUGAUCUUAAUAAGUACUUAAAUUCUUGGAGACUAGUGUCGGUUAGUCUUCUAGAACUCAGCAUAAACAAGGAUAUAUGAUCCAGUGCAAGGCAUAGCCUAAUGAAAAUGAGACUAUCAGAUAGUUUAUUCUUCAGAAUCCACUUUCAAUUCUUUCGCAGCAAUUGUUAUAGUUUAACUAAAAAGACCACCCAUGAACAA